AACAGAAGGUAGACUUUCGGAUGCUAUAAAAAAUUAGUUUUUAAACGACUUCCGAAAAGACCGGAGUUUCUCAAAUUGGUGCAUUAUUUUCUUAUUACCAUGGAUAUUAACAUGAUCAUCGAAGGAUAUUUACAAAAGGCAAGCAUAUUGCAAGAGGCAAUGCCUAAAUUAUCCCUUGAGAAAACGAUAUCAAACAAUGCUUUCGCUGAGAAAAGAUCUGACUGGCAAAAAGAUGCUUUGCUUGCUGUAAAAAGGGACCCUGCGGUUUUGGAAGCAAAGGUGACCGUAAAGGAUCAAAGUGUAUUCAAUUCUUUAAUGGAUUUGGAGCCUCCAAAGAAACCAACAGGAUUUCAACCACGGAAUACUCCAGAGGCUAGACCUCGUUUGGACUUUGACAACAAGAUGUGCAUGGAACGUGCCGCGCUGUUAUCGCUAUCAUCUACCCAGUUCAGCCUUUUGCUGAAAUACGUGGACACUCUACGUCAGCAACGUAUGUCGUCUCAAAAACAAAUUGAGUGUGGGUUUUGUAAGAACAACAGACAGCCGGAGGUGUGGUACACCACGCAUGCCCUGAAGGACGCAAAAGGUCGCGUACGAUGUCCCAUCUUGCGCUCCUUCGUCUGUCCACAGUGCGGGUCCACGGGCGACCGUGCUCAUACAAUUUCCCAUUGCCCCAGAAGAAAAUAGUUUCAGCUGUGCUGCAAUACUUUCUGUAAAAUAAUAUAAAACAAAUAAAACCUUUAAAUAAAA